AUUGGCCAAAAGUUCGUAGAGGGCGGGCCCCGCCCACUCCCAUUGGUCAAUUGAUCGUGGCGGGGCAAGCCCUCACGCUCCCAUUGGCCGAAUGAGCGACAGGGCGAGGGCUCUGGGCAGCGGUUGUGGAGGGGCUCGGGACAGCAGCGCAGCACGGAGCAAGGAGAGAGGGGGGCGUCCUGGGAUAUUUCGAAGGGUAAAGGGCGAUGACCACACCCGCGGGCUCCGGCACGGGCUUCGGCUCCGUGUCCUGGUGGGGCCUGUCACCAGCGCUGGACCUGCAGGCUGAAAGUCCUCCUGUGGACCCAGAAGCAAAGGCAGAUACGGAGCACAGGACCCCCGAGCUAGAUGUGCUGCUGCUGGGCUCUGUGGAUGGGCGUCACCUGCUGAGGACCCUGGCCAGGGCCGCACUCUGGCCUCGCAGGAGGUUCAACUUCUAUGUGCUGGAGAAUAAUCUGGAAGCUGUGGCCAGACACAUGCUGAUCUUCAGCCUAGCCCUGGAGGAGCCUGAGAAGAUGGGGCUGCAAGAGAGGAGCGAGACCUUCAUGGAGGUGUGGGGGAACGCGCUGCUGCGCCCGGCGGUGGCCGCCUUUGUGCGCGCCCAGGCUGACCUCCUGGCGCACCUGGUCCCGGAGCCCGACCGCAUGGCGGAGCAGCUGCCCUGGCUCAGCCUCGGCGCCCUCAAGUUUCGCGAGCGGGACGCCCUGGAGGCGGUGUUCCGCUUCUGGGCCGGCGGGGAGAAGGGGCCCGAGGCCUUCCCCAUGAGCCGCCUCUGGGACUUGCGGCUUCGCCACUACCUGGGCUCCCGCUAUGACGCUCGGCACGGUGUCAGCGACUGGGACCUGCGCAUGAAGCUGCACGACCGCGGGGCCCAAGUCAUCCACACCCACGAGUUCCGACGCUGGCGGGACACAGGUGUCGCCUUUGAACUCAGAGAUUCCAGCGCCUACCACGUGCCCAACCGGACCCUGGCAUCCGGUCGCCUUCUGAGCCACCGCGGGGAGCGCGUGGCAGCACGCGGGUACUGGGGGGACAUCGCCACGGGGCCCUUUGUGGCCUUCGGCAUCGAAGCCGACGACAAAAGCCUCCUGCGGACCAGCAACGGACAGCCAGUCAAGACUGCGGGCGAGAUCACACAACACAAUGUGACAGAGCUGUUCCGGGAGGUGGCCGCCUGGGGGCGCCCGAGAGCCGCCCAGGGGGACCCGGAGGAGAAGCAGCAGCGCGCGUCUGGAACCGCGGAGCCAGAGACUUCAGGAGCCCCUGCCCAGGAAUCCUUCACUAUCCACUUCCUGCCCCUCGAUUCUGCCCAGGCACUACACCACAAGAGCUGCUACAAGAACCGGUUCCAGCUUCUCUACGUGGCUUGUGGGAUGGUCCAUCUUCUCAGCCCUGAGCUUGGGGCCUGCGCGGCCCCCGGAGGGAAUCUGAUUGUGGAAUUAGCUCGGUACCUGGUGGACUUGCGUCCGGAGCAGCUCCAGAGGUUCUCCGCCCGGGUCGGGGAGCUAGCUCAGGCUGCUGGAUUCGCCCCGCAGACAGGGGCCAGGCCUUCAGAGACCUUCGCCCGGUUCUGCAAGUCCGGGGACCCUGCUCUGCGCAGCACUGGCCCAGCCUUGGAUUCCGGAGCUCCGCCCCCUGAAGUUCUGGCUCCGUCUCUUGAAGCAAUGAGCCCGCCCCAUGGGGACCUGACCCAGCCUCUAGAAAGCCCGGCCCCACCCUCUGCGCCCCUCCAGCUGCCCUCAGAAUCUCAGUGUUCACUCGGGGAGGUUCUGGCUCCGUCCCAGGAAGCUUUGGCCUUGCCCAACAGUGAGUCAGACUCCAAAACCCCAGAGUGUGACCUGACCCCCGGAGACUAAGUCCCUCAUCUCUAACUUCAAAAUCUGGCCAGA